AUGUUUGGCUGUCGCAUGCUCUGCCUCUUUGACCAAAAGGGCGUCGAUCAGCUCUACCGUAUGCGAGAUGUCGAUGCCUCCUUUUUUGAAGCCACCAAGGGCCUCCUCUCUCUCAAACUGCCGCCCGAGCUCUUGCAGGACUCGUCCCUGAAAAAGUUCCACCAAGCCCUCAAGCCCAAGCUCAUGCCCCAUUACAUUCGAUAUGCCCAUGACGUUGUCACGGAUCACGUUGCGCGCACAGUGCGGGCGGGCGAACAAACCGUCUCACUCUUUCCUUAUGUCAAAUCGCUCGUGCAUAAGAUUGGUCUAGCUUGCUGGCUGCAUCCUGCUGCAAACUCACCCGAGCGCUUCAAACACAUUGUUCAAGCCUACGAGCAGCUUGACCCCGAACAGGGGUUCGCCAAUGGCGCCGAAUUUCUCAAGACCAUGCUAAGCGGUAAACGCGCUGAACGGCGCGCAAUCGAUGCGCUUCAGACUGCUGUUGCCGAGCUUUGCCAAUCCCUGGGCUUGGACAACGAGGAAGGCACCGGGCAGGAAGGUGGGGAGGCACCACAGGAUGCAAGCAACCUCGUCAGCAUGUACGAGGCUCAGCCAGAAGACGCCAUGCCCUCUCAGCGCCACCGUGCCAUCGCGACCAAUCUCUUCCACUUUAUGCUCGCGAGCCAGGCUAACAUGUAUGCCGGCAUGGCUUGGACCCUGAUUCAUCUGUUGACCAUGGCUGAUCAGCAGCACCUGCGGCUCGUGCGCGCGGAAGUGUUGCAUGCCCAACAAGCCCACGGAGAGGACUUUUUACGAACGCAAGCAUCGUUGGAUAGCCUUGCUUUCUUGGACGCUUGCAUUGUGGAAACGCUUCGCGUGGUUCAGCAGUCCAUCACCUUGCGCAAGGUCAUGCGGCCGUGCACACUCCAAAUGGACUCGGGAUCAGCUGUGCUACCGCCACCGUGGUACCUUCUAACCUUGCUGAGCGUCACCAACAUGGAUCCCGCCACCAUCGACCCCGCGGUGGCCAAAUCCUCGGCGAACAGUCCACCAGAGUGCUUUGACCCCUUGCGUCAGUUGGAGCCGGCGAGCGCGGCCCGAUGCUGUGAAACAUCGCAGCUCAUCCGCUGGGAGCGCGUGACGCUGGCGCGGCCUAGUCCCAACCCACUCACCUCGACCUUUGGGCACGGCUACCAUGCGUGCCCAGGCCGAACUUUUGCUCUCAACAUGAGCAAGAUCGUACUUGCACAGCACAUCCUGGCCUUUGACCUGGUGCCACAGUUUGAGCGCGCCACCGUUCCCGUAACUUCGAUGAAGACGUGCCACAGUGCGAGCGGUGGUGACACUAGCAAUCGUGGCUUCCAGCGUAUAGGCAGCCGUGUAGUAGCCACUGCUUUCACGGGACUGGUGGUCAACGCUCCGGCGUCUGCACAGGAAGAUUUGGCAGCUCAGGCAUCAUCCCUACACCGCGCACCUGUGCCGGUGGACGCCUGUUCAUGGCGCCUACGUGAUGCCACCCAUCCUCUGCAGCUGACCGAGGCCAAGAACAAGAUCCAAGAGCAGGAAGAUCGCAUCGAUGAGCUCGAGGACAGCCUCCAGGCGCUGCUCUGCUGCUUUCACGACUUGAGCGCGCAGAUGGAUCGCAUGCGCGGUGGUCACAACACGCGUUUGGGAAGUGUCAGCUCAACAUUGGACGAUGAGAGUGACGAAGUAGCCGUCCCCGUGUACGGCAGCUGUUUUGGCUAUCUCAACAAGGUGUCCGGCGGGAUUGGUUCCAAGGGCAGCAAAAAGCGCUGGUGUAUUCUGCACGAUGAUGGCAACCUGUACUAUUGGAAGACCAUGAAGGCUUCCACCGUCGCAUCUGCAGAAAAAGGCGUCAUUGAUAUUCGUGGAUAUGAAGUUGUGGCCACAGCACCACCCAAGACGGGCUUUAAGCUCAUGGGUGAAGGCAAGCGCAACUUUGAGUUUCUGUCUGAUUCCGUAGCAGAGCGCCAGCGUUGGAUCGUGGCGCUCACGACCGUGCAACAAAAGCUGGACCAGUUGCGCCUCAGCUCCUCUGCUGACAGUUUUGCGGGUCAGUCCUGCUGGGCGCGCCCCCUGCUCUCUGCUCUUCCUAUUGGUUUCGAAUCGCACCAUCACUCGGGGGUGCUGUUGUUGCCUUCUAAAGAGCGCAAGAUGACCAUUCGCAAGAUGAACUGCUCGAUUCGUUCUGGGCGUACCGCGCCGGCGCCUCCGGCCAAUGAGGAGCUCUUAAAGCGCGCCCAACAUCACGAUCACGUGACGUGGGUGGACAACACGCACACGCAGUGGUCCCGGAACUUUUUGGUUCUGGCGGAUGACAAGCUGCAUUUUUACAAUCAAAGGAAUACAACAGCUGAAUCCUUCACCCUCGAUCUCAGCCUGUGUCCGGUCGGGCCCACCAUCAGCAUGGAGGGUGAUUUGUUCACCAUCAAGAGAGAGAGAGAGAGAGAGAGAGAGAGAGAGAGAGAGAGAGAGAGAGAGAGAGAGAGAGAGAGAGAGAGAGAGAGAGAGAGAGAGAGAGAGAGAGAGAGAGAGAGAGAGAGAGAGAGAGAGAGAGAGAGAGAGAGAUUUAGAGAGGAGAAAUUAGAGAGAGAGAGAGACUUUUUUCGUUUUGGUUUUCGCUCGCCCCACCUUGCCUGCAUCUUUUGGUUUGCUCUGCUUGAGGCAACUGCCCGGUCCUUUCCCGUCGGGCAUUUAAACACUCUGGGGUCUGAGAUGCAGCCCGAGCCCGCCUCGCAACAGCCCCCUUCCCACAAGAGAGCCUUUGGUGUCUUGCCGGCCUCGGACAGUCUCGACGCCCGCCAACGCCACACCCCGCGCAUCUGCUCCGCAUCCAGCUCAGCCGGGGCUCGGCCUAUGGAAUUGCCCCCAACCCAUCAUCGCUACUCCUCGGUGGGCCGAGCCUCUUUGGAUAUCGAGCUACCCUCCCCCUUCCCAAACAACACCGUCUGCCCCGUGGUGCGCCACGCCAGACCACAACAUUCCCCAAUCUUGUCCGCAUCUUGCAGCCCAGUCACCGUGAACCGCAACGGGAACGGGGACGGGGACGGUGACGGCAUUGAUGCUGCCAUUUCACCCCGUGUACCAGAGCCCGAAACAAGCUUUGCUCAACGAACCUUGCCUCUCGCAGCCACGCCCCUCGACUCUUCUGCCUCGCGUCGCGCCGUUUGCCCCCACCGACUUUUGCUGGCCCCCACCGUGCAAGGACCCUCCUCGUCGCUCCAAGGGCCGAAUUCCAUGACUGCCGUCCACAGCGAGCCAUCCACCAGCCCUCAUUCCGAGCUCAUUGACCCACCCCUCUCCCCAACUCGCCCUGACGAGCCCAGUCUAGCUCGAGCCCCUCCCUCGCGGCCUCGUUCUGCUUUCAUGCCCGUCUCACAGAUCGAUUCAUUCGAUGUGGGUGACAUGGACGUUGCUACCGACAACUUUGACAACGCUUCGGACGUGUCUUCGGAUCUCUUGUCGCCCGUGCACUUGGCAUCGCCACCCAGCACCCCCUCGAAAUUCUCCAGCCACGACACAAAUACCUCCCUGCCACCCAGUAGUCCUCGAGCCAUGACACCGCUCGAGCAAAGCACUACUACAACCAACCCUGACGUCCCCGGCUCCCCAAAGCUGCAACAGAGUUCCGUCUGGUCUUUGCUCAACUUGGAUGCAGACGCACCGGCCUCGCCUCAACCCCGCCGCAGCUCCAUCUGGCCUGCCUCUAGCGAAUCACUUGUUUUGGCGCAGUCGCGGCGCACCUCCUUGCGACGUUCCCCAAGCAAUGAUGUUGAUUCCCCGCAGUCACGGCGAAAUUCCUUCAAGCCUGCGCAGUCGCCUGGUGGUUCCACCUUUGCUGGAUUUGUCCAAGCCUUGAAUGAAGCUGUUGCGCACCGACGCCUUAGUAACAGGAGCCCAAGCAACGUCGACGUCAGCAGCACGACAGAGGCACCCACCGCUUCAACGCCCCUUCGCAAGUCGCGGUCCAAAGGCACCACUGCCUCAGCCACCACCGCUGCCUCACCUGUGGCGGCGGCAAACAGCCCGAUACCGGAUAUCGCUCUUCCCCCUGGCCAUCCGGGUCUCAGCGUCUCACAGUACCUGGAUGGAAGUCGCGAUGUCGUCGGCAGCUCCACACCCAUCUCCGCCAACGCGGCUGCCCGUUGUCCGUACGCACAUAAGCUGACGAGUGGUGAAUGGCCUUCCCCAGCGGUUGGUGCUUCAUCGCCGACCGGCGCAGCAUAUGAUGGUAUUGGCAGCAGGCCGCAAUCGGAGGCUCUACCUGCUCACGCUCACGCCGCGCUCUCGGCCUCUCAGUAUCUGGACCAGAGCGAACUAGAUUUGGCUGACCUCUCUUCAGACAGUAUCAAUGCCGCCAACCCAGUGGAAUGGUCUGACGCGGAGGACCUGCCUGAUUUAGAUGUGAGUUGGCGCUCAACCGCUGGGCCUCGCCGCUCAAACGUAGAGGCUCCGGCCUGGCGCGAAUUGGAUGGCACCGAACAAGUGCAGCGCGUUGCCGACGUUGCCGCUUGGGCCGCGCGAUCUCGUGAAGGCUAUGCGUGCCUCGAGCGCCUUUUUGCUCCGACCGACUUGACCUGGGGUUACGUGACGGCAGAGGGCGUGCCUCGUUACUUGGAGCAAUCUGUCCCCAAGGGCCACCGCCUCUGUAGUGUUCUGGAGACGCAUAACAAGGGCGAUGCGCAGGUUGCCAUUUUGGCGCCCGUCACACAUGGCCUGCCCAUGACUGUACGCGGGGCUCCCUGUCGCCUCAUUCGCCUCAACGGGGAUCGUUUCGCGGACAUUGGCGCACAUCUGUGGGACGGUAGCCUUGGUCCCAUCUACUAUUACAUUGAACCCCUCAAUUCUCGCUUGCGUUGA